CUCCCCUCUGCCCCCACUACACAAGAGAUAGGGAGAGAGAGUAAUUAAGAGAGAGAGAGAGAGAGAGAGAGAGAGAGAGAAAUUCAAAUCAAAAGGCAUCAACCAACCCAGAUUCAAAUUGUGUGCUUGUUCCCAUGCUCAUCAUUCACUAUUUUUACUCCCUCCCCACUUCAUAAGAGAGAGAGAGAGAGAGAUUUGCUUAAGCUUCUCUUUGAACUUUAUCAGGGACAGGAGAGUGAGACCAUGAAUCCAACAUCAUCAUCAUCAUCAUCUCCCUUCCUAUCUCUUGUGAUUUGGGUCUUCUUCUUCUUCUUCUUCUUCUUCCUACAAGCUCCCACCAAUGCAAGAGAACUACCUCCCAUGUCCUCUCCACUCCAUUCUCCCUUCCCAUCACCUCUACCCACUCUCAUUCUCCCCUCCUCUCAAAGCCUACCCAUCUCUGCAUCUCCCUCACCUGCAACACCACCUUCUACAGUGAUGCAGAUCAUUGUGGAAAAACACCACCAUUACCACAAAGAACUAAUGGUGGCAACAGUUCUAUCUUCUAUUGCCAUUUUUAUGAUAAUUAUAUCCGCGUUUUGCGCCUGGAUCUUGUGGAGGAGAACUACUCAAACAGCUGAUUCCAAAGACAUCCAAAGCUCAGAUUCUACUAUGGGAUUAGCUUUAGGACCAAUCUUGAACAAGUUGAAUUCAUUAAAGACGAGCAAGAAAGGAUUUUUGGCAAUGGUUGAGUACUCGACGUUGGAGUCGGCGACGAAUAACUUCUCCGAGAGCAAUGUGUUGGGUGAAGGGGGAUUCGGGUGUGUGUACAAAGCUUCAUUUGAUGGGGGACUUCUCGCGGCCGUAAAGAAGUUGGAUCAUGGUGGGCAGGAGUGUGUGAGAGAAUUUGAGAAUGAAGUGGACUUACUCGGAAGAAUUCGGCACCCGAACGUAGUUUCCCUUUUGGGCUAUUGCGUUCACGAAGGAAAGCGGCUGCUCGUCUACGAAUUCAUGCAAAAUGGAUCUUUGGAAUCACAACUGCACGGGGCGUCUCGUGGAUCGCAUUUAAGUUGGCACCUCCGCAUGAAAAUCGCACUCGAUACCGCGAGAGGACUAGAAUAUCUUCAUGAGCACUGCAAUCCACCUGUGAUUCAUAGAGACCUAAAAUCCUCUAACAUACUUCUAGACGCCGACUAUAAUGCUAGGAUUUCAGAUUUCGGGCUUGCGGUGAAUGCUGUCGGUCCAAGCAAAGAAAAUGUUAAACUUUCGGGCACGGUCGGUUAUGUCGCUCCCGAGUAUCUAUUAGACGGUAAAUUAACUGAGAAGAGCGAUGUUUAUGCUUUCGGAGUAGUUCUUCUCGAGCUACUGGUGGGAAGAAAACCAGUGGAAAAGACGGAACCGUCUUUGCCGCAAUCUAUUGUAACAUGGGCCAUGCCUCAGCUUACCGACAGAUCAAAGCUUCCUAACAUUGUCGACCCCGUGAUCAGAAACAAAAUGGAUCUGAAACACUUAUACCAGGUUGCAGCUGUAGCUGUGUUGUGCGUGCAACCGGAACCGAGUUAUCGGCCAUUAAUAACCGAUGUCCUUCAUUCUCUCAUUCCUCUGGUGCCCACUGAGCUUGGGGGGACACUUAGGGUCGUCGACUCAUCGCCUUUGAACCCGAAAGCCUUAUAAUCACUGAGCACUAUACAAGUUGGCACGAUAGUGACUCGAUCAAAGUUGUCGACAAGUGGUGCGAAAUUUUUCAUGGUUCAGAGUGUUUAACUAAAUUCUGGUGUUUUAGUUCAUGGAUCUUCGCUUCCGGGUGCUGUUGUAAAAAUCAAUGACUCUGCAAUUUUGUUCUUGAUGAGUAAUUUAUUGUAUAGUUUCAGAGUUUUUCGGGCAUCUUGACUUUAUAAUCUGAAAUGGAUUGGAGUGUUUGGUUGAACUCUUGAAAUAAGAAGCAGUUUCUGUUGAAA